GAGUAACUUCUGUGUGAAAGUGACCGUUGUAUCGAUAAGUCGUUUGAUCAAAUUUUAUGUCAAAUUUAUUUAAUUAUUUAUUAAGCUGUAAUUUAUUAGUCAUUAUAAAUUAUUAGAUAUUUGAAUCCAUUUUGAGUAUGAGUAUAUAAAUAUAUAUAAUGAAAUACAUUGUGAUAAAUUUACUGCUUAGUGUGUGUGUAAUUAAUUCGAGUAUUGAUUCAAGAGUGCCGCCAAUAUUAUCUAAUUAUUCAAAUUUAAAUUCGCAUAAUACCAGAGUGAAUAAGGAUGAGGAUAAGGAUAAGGAUAAUAGUCAUAGUGUGCUGAGGAUUAUGUUUGCUCGGGGAUUUAAUAAAUCACCUAGUGACCUUGUUGAUCUAGGACUCGUCAAUUCCAAGGAAAAUAAAAUUGAUAUAUCAAAGCCUGGUAGAUUAUUAGUGAGGACAAAUGAUGAUAGUAAUGAUGAUAAUGAUAAUACAGAAAAAGCUUUUGGUGAAUGGAUACACAAUAUCGUCGGUAGUUCGACUACUGUUGCAAAUAUUCCUGAAGAUUGUCCCAAAUGCUUAUGUGGAACAUCAAAUAUACCAAAUAGAAUAGUAGGAGGUCAAGACGCAAAACUAUAUCAAUAUCCAUGGAUGACAUAUUUAACUUACCAUGGACGUUUUUACUGCGCAGCCACCAUAAUAAGUAGCCACUACGUACUAACUGCUGCGCAUUGUGUUGACCGAUUCGAUAAAUCGAAAAUAAAAGUCCAUACAGGAGCUUAUGAUCGUAACAAUGCGUCAUCCCAAUUGGUCGAGUAUAAAGUAUUGAGUGUAAUAAAACAUAGCGGGUACUCGACGUCGAACUACAACAAUGAUCUGGCGUUAAUUAAAAUAAAUGGUGUGAUAAAAUUCGAGGGCCCUAUGAAGCCGGUGUGCUUACCAGAACGUGGGAGUACUUUUACUGGUAAAAAUGCAACUGUCACUGGCUGGGGCGCCAUUGAAGAAUCUGGUGCGCUUUCUUCUACUUUGCAAGAAGUUCUGGUGCCUAUUAUGAGUAAUAAUGAAUGUCGGAUGACUAACUACCCUCCGAAACGUAUCACCGAUAAUAUGUUGUGUGCUGGUUAUAUUGACGGAGGCAAAGAUUCUUGUCAGGGAGAUAGUGGCGGGCCUUUGCAUAUUUUCGAAAAUAGAACUUAUAGUAUUGUAGGAAUAGUAUCGUGGGGUGAGGGCUGUGCUGUUCCAGGUUAUCCAGGAGUUUAUACACGAGUAAAUCGAUAUAUUUCGUGGAUUGAAAGGAAUACAAAGGAUUCAUGUUUUUGCUGAAUUAAAAAAUAAUUUAAUAUUAAAUUUUUAUUUAUUUAUUUAUUCAUAUAUUCUUCAAAGUUUUGUUUUUAAAUCUGAGGCUCAGAAUCGGAUGUUGAAACGUUUUAUCAUUUUAAAUAAAUUAUGACUAAACAAAAAAUUUACAG